AUGAAAGUACGGCUCGUCGCCUUUGUGUGUCUCUUGCUCAUCGGAGCGGCCAGUGUGACGGCCAAGCCGAAGCCCGGCGGAGGAGGAGGUUGGUCCUCUGGCGGCGGAGGAGGCGGUGGCCAUGGAGGCGGUGGCGGCGGAGGCUGGUCCUCCGGCGGAGGAGGAGGCGGUGGCGGCCAUGGAGGCGGAGGCGGUGGAGGAGAUGUCCAGAUAAUCAAAGUGAUCACGGAGAAUGGAGGCGGCGGUGGUGGAGGAGGAGGCUGGUCUUCUGGAGGCGGCGGAGGAGGAGGUUGGUCCUCUGGAGGCGGCGGCGGCGGCGGUUGGUCAUCAGGCGGAGGAGGAGGUGGUGGCCACGGAGGCGGCGGCGGCGGUGGUGAAGUAAAGCUCAUCAAAAUCAUUAGCCUUGGAUCGGCCGGCGGUGGAGGAGGAGGACAUGGCGGCGGUGGUGGAGGCGGCGGCUGGUCUUCAGGAGGAGGCGGCGGCGGCGGAGGCUGGUCUUCUGGCGGCGGAGGAGGUGGUGGCCACGGAGGCGGCGGUGGCGGCGGCACCAAGGUCAUCAAAAUCAUCAAGCUGAGCUCCGGCGGCGGCGGUGGUGGCCAUGGAGGCGGUGGUGGCGGCGGAGGCUGGUCUUCCGGAGGCGGCGGCGGUGGUGGCUGGCAGCCUGCUGGUGGUUGGGCCUAAACCUUAAGCCCAAUCCCAAUCCGAGGCUAGAAUCCUAGGAAGCCAUCGAGGCAGUCCACGAUCAAUCUUUCCCAAUCCCAUCCCCACAGAACUGUUACUCAAUUAAGCAUGAGACUAUGUGGCAAAUGGCAUUUGCU